CAGGGGUUUCCAUUUUCUUCAUAUUGCACUAAUCUUUUUAUCCCUUUUGGUAUAUACCCUAAAUAAACAGUCUCCUGAAAGAAAGAUUGUCUACCUCUGAUCUUAACCGAGUCUACAGAGAGAGAGAGAGAGAGAGAGAGAGAGAGAGAGAGAGAGAGAUGGGCAGAGGUAAAGUUGAGAUGAAGAGGAUAGAAAAUAAAAGUAACAGGCAAGUGACUUUUUCCAAGAGAAGAAAUGGGCUGCUCAAGAAAGCUUUUGAGCUCUCAGUUCUCUGCGAUGCUGAGGUUGCCCUCAUUAUUUUCUCUGGCCGUGGCAAGCUCUAUGAAUUCUCUAGCAGUUUAAGCAUGAUGAAAACGCUUGAAAAGUACCAAAGAUGCAGUUAUAGGUCCCUGGACGCCAACCGACCUGCCAACGAGACUCAGAACGGCUAUCAGGAGUAUUUGCAGCUGGAGACAAGAGUUGAGGUCCUCCAACAAUCUCAAAGAAACCUUCUUGGGGAAGAUUUGGCCACCCUGAACAAAAAGGAGCUUGAGGAGCUUGAGCAUCAACUGGAGACCUCCUUGAACAAAAUUAGGUCAACAAAGACUCAAUUUAUGCUUGAUCAGCUUUCUGAUCUUCAAAACAGGGUAAGUCAUGAAUUAAUCUCUUUUUAACAUCAUUGAUCGAUACAUUUUCACAAUA